CACGUUUCUGAAAUCCUUCUUUCCCCUUUUUUGUCCUGUGUUGUAUAUCUUUACCUACCUGAAAAGUGAAAACUCACAAAAAAAAGAGAGUAAAGAUUGAAUCUUUUUGAAUUGUAUUGGCAAGAAACACAGUUCUUGAAAAUGGGGUUGAAGAGUUGAAUAAUUUUGUUCAAAUUUUGCUUUUUAUUUCACUUGGAAACACAGUAGCUAUGGCUUCCUGUAAUAUUCUUUGUAGUGUCAAACUCCAAAUUGAUUCUUUUAAAAAGAGCUGUUUUUCUCAAUCAUGGUCAAAUAGGCCACAUGGGUCAUCCUAUUUUAACAAGAAUUUUCAGUUUAGAAGAAGCAGUUUUGUUAUUGUGAAGGCUUCUGAUUCAAGAACUAGCAAAAAACAAGUAGAGAUAACAUAUAACCCUGAAGAGAAGUUUAAUAAAUUAGCUGAUGAAGUGGAUAGGGAAGCUGGGCUUUCAAGACUCACUCUUUUUUCUCCUUGCAAGAUAAAUGUUUUCUUGAGAAUAACAAGCAAGAGGGACGACGGAUAUCAUGAUUUGGCAUCUCUCUUUCACGUAAUUAGUCUAGGAGAUAAAAUAAAGUUCUCGCUGUCACCAUCGAAGUCAAAGGAUCGUUUAUCUACUAAUGUUGCUGGAGUUCCACUCGAUGAGAGCAAUCUGAUUAUAAAGGCCCUCAAUCUUUAUAGGAAAAAAACUGGAACAGACAAUUACUUUUGGAUUCAUCUUGAUAAGAAAGUGCCUACUGGAGCUGGUCUUGGUGGUGGGAGCAGUAAUGCUGCAACAACUCUCUGGGCAGCAAAUCAAUUCAGUGGUUGUGUUGCAACUGAAAAGGAGCUCCAAGAGUGGUCUGGUGAGAUUGGUUCUGAUAUUCCUUUCUUCUUCUCUCAUGGAGCAGCCUACUGUACGGGUAGGGGUGAGGUUGUUCAAGAUAUCCCAUCACCCAUACCAUUUGACAUUCCAAUGGUUCUCAUAAAGCCUCAACAGGCAUGCUCCACUGCUGAAGUUUACAAGCGUUUUCAGUUGGAUCUGUCUAGUAAGGUUGAUCCCUUGAGCUUACUGGAGAAAAUCUCAACUAGUGGAAUAUCUCAAGAUGUGUGUGUCAAUGAUUUAGAACCUCCUGCCUUUGAAGUUCUUCCAUCUCUUAAAAGGUUAAAACAACGAGUAAUUGCUGCUGGCCGAGGACAAUAUGAUGCAGUCUUCAUGUCUGGAAGUGGAAGCACAAUAGUAGGGGUUGGCUCUCCAGAUCCACCACAAUUUGUCUAUGAUGAUGAAGAAUACAAGGAUGUCUUCUUGUCAGAAGCAAGUUUCAUCACUCGACCAGCCAACGAGUGGUAUGUGGAACCUGUUUCAGGUAGCAAUAUUGGUGAUCAACCUGAGUUCUCCACAUCUUUUGACAUGUCUUAAGGCUCAGAAGAGCCUGUGAAUUGAAAAAAUAGGAGAAGUUUUUGUUGUAAAUGUUAUGUCCUAUAAUUUCUGUAAUCUCAUCCUUUCACUUUGGAUGCACUAUUCAAGAAAAUAAAAUUAGUCACAAUCUGAUCGAAGUGACAAAUGAGCGGGUUAGGUUAAAUUUGAACAGGUAAAACCAAUAAACAU